AUGUGUAUAGAUUAUACAGAUAUCAACAAAGCCUAUCCAAAAGAUAGGUUUCCGCUUUCUCGUAUUGACCAGUUAGUUGAUACCACUUCAGGACAUCAUAUAUUGAGCUUUAUGGAUGCUUAUUUUGGCUAUAAUCAAAUAAAGAUGAAUCCUGCUGAUGAAGAAGCGACAACCUUUCAAAAGGACAAAGGGUUAUACUGCUAUCGGGUGAUGCCCUUCGGGCUCAAAAAUGCUGGAGCAACUUAUCAACGCCUCAUGAAUAAGGUUUUCAAAAAUCUUAUUAGACGUACUAUGGAGGUGCAUUAUAAUAUGCGACUCAACCCAGCUAAUUGCAUCUUUGGAGUUGCUUCUGAAAAGUUUUUGGGGUUUAUGAUAACCCAUAGGGGGAUUGAGGCUAAUCCUGAAAAGAUUAAGGCACUAAGGGAUAUGAUGCCACUGAAGAAUAUUAAGGAAGUCCAAAGGCUAAAUGGGAGAAUUACAACACUAUCUCAUUUUCUGGCACGCUCAGGAGACAAAUAUUUGCUGUUCUUCAAAUAUCCUGCAAAGCCAGAAGCUUCGGGUAGGCUCGUUAAGUGGUCUGUAGAGCUAGAAGAAUUUGACAUCCACUACUUCCCUAUGCCCGAUAUUAAAUCUCAAGCACUUACAGAUUUUGUAAUUGAAUGCACCAUCCCAGUAUCAGAUAUUCAACCAAGCUUCGCCUUCUCCUCCAAGCUUGACGUUAGUCCCUGGCCUUUUGUCCAAUGGGGAAUCGAUAUAAUAGAACCCUUCCAUAUAGCCAAUAGACAACGAAAAUUCAUUAUCUAUCCUGCAGAUUACUUCACCAAAUGGGUGGAAGCAGAACCUUUGGCGAAGAUUGCUAAAGCAAAUGCCAAGCAGUUCUUAUGGAAGAAUAUAAUCUGUCGCUUUGGUAUUCCUACAAGAGUCAUCACUGAUAACGGGACACAUUUCACUGGGAGGAUCUUUACAUCUUUUUUUAAGGAUUUUCAUAUUCAGCUCAUCCACACAGAUGUCGCCCAUCCUCAAGCAAAUGGACAAACAGAAGUCACUAAUUGA